CCCGUAGUUUCUCUUUCGAGUCGUUGCUGACGUGAUAGGAGAAUCAUCUACAAAAUAUAUCGUUGAUACAGACAAAAAAUUUAAAGAAAGACACCUGAGGGUGAGGUAAAACCAAUCAAAAUGAAUGACGAUGAUUCAACCCAAGGCUUCAACAUGGGCGACAACUUUGCCUUCAGUGAGAAGACAAUCCGGAUGGGUUUCAUCCGAAAGGUGUAUAGCAUUCUGCUGUGUCAGAUCCUAGUCACCAUUCUAUUUAUAGUUCUGUUCCUGUAUGCACCACCUGUGCAGCAGUUUGCGGCCCUGAAUCCAUGGAUGUGGUAUGUUGCUAUAGUUCUAACGUUUGUGAUGAUCAUCGCCUUGGCUUGUUGUCCUGAUGUCCGACGUCAAUAUCCUGUCAAUAUGAUCUUACUCGGCAUUUUUACGAUAUGUGAAGGGUUCCUGUUGGGAGGCGUGGCCGGGACAUACAAUGAGAAUUCGGUGUUGUUUGCAGUGGGAGUAACAGCAAUUGUGACUUUUGCCCUGACUGUGUUUGCUUUCCAAACCAAGAUUGAUUUCACGAUGAUGGGUGGUCUUCUGUUUGUAUUUCUGAUCGUUCUCAUAUGUUUUGGAUUUCUUUGUGCCAUAAUUCAAAAUGAGUAUGCCAGACUGGCCUACUCUUGCCUGGGAGCUCUCCUGUUUAGCGCCUACAUCGUGUUCGACACACAGAUGAUGAUUGGCGGUAAACAUAAAUACUCACUCUCCCCUGAAGAGUACAUCUUUGCAGCCUAAUCUGUAU